AUGACCAUUCCAACACCUUCUGAGACACCCAUGACCUCCACCCUCAGUAAGACCCGGGAUCAUCUGUGGGGUCAUUCAAGGGGUCGUGCACGCAGUGUUACAAGACCGCAGGACUUCCCUUUGCUCAACAAGCAUUCCAAAGCAAUAGUUCGUCAUGCCUUCAGCAUCUCAUCUGAUAAGAAGAAACAGGACUCCAACAAGUUUGAGGUCUGCAGAGAGGAUGAGUCAGCUAUCGACUUUAUACGGAGACAGAGAGAGUACAUUAGGGAUGAGCUGGACCAUGAAAUUCAGAGGCUUAAAAUGUGUUCAUUGUGGAAGAAGCUCAAUGAUGAUGAGGCUCUGAGUGAAGAUGACUCGCUGAAUGGGUUUAUUGUCGAUGAUGACCUUGUUCAGAAGGCAACCGCACUACAACAGGACAUGGAUGCAUUUUACGUCCAGAACAUGCCGUUGACCUUUCUCUCAUCCUGUGUUGAUGCAGUAUGCAGGGCGAAGAUUCAAGGCAAAAAGCUCCUAGGUCGUUGGAUUGCUCCUUAUCCCUUAUACUCCGUUGAUGAUGGUGCUACACUGAAGCUGGUUCCACUCAUGCAAGUGUUGACCAUCGUGAAAAACCCAGUGGGUAUUGUUGAGCUGAUGAUGGCUGCUGAACCAUGGCCUGGGCAGGUCAUCGUUCCUGGCUGUGUCCACCCAGACAAGGUUCAAAAUGCAGUGUGCAUGACCUUCAGCAUAGCUCAAGCAAGUCAUCUCACCAAACCACAUACAUUUACAUCAUCAAAGGGAGAAAUGCAGAUCAAGGAGCUUCACAUUGUUCCCAUCAUGCAAGAAUGGGAGCUCGUGCUAGGAUUUUAUGGGAUGCUCUUUGGCCACGACAUCGAAGAUGGGGGUGAAAUGACCGUUAAGAAUAUUCAUUUCAGCACAUUUGGGGACAUGUCAUUCAGUACACGCAUGUCUCAUGUGGAGUUUGAUGAGGUGUCUAGCAGCUACAAUGCCAAGCUGAAGACAUUGCUCGGUGAACAUUCCAUGUCUCCAAGAAAGGCUGGACCAUCCAUGCACUCUUCGCCAUCUGAGGUGUUACCUCUUUUUCCUAAGCUGGUGCCGGGUAAUCUCCCCAUUGAUGACACCAAUGUGCCUGCUAAAUGCCCCUUGCUCAAGAUGGAGCUGCCAGAUUGUGCAUUGGUAGUGGUUCUGCACAUGGCCCCUCCUGAACUGUUAUCCCUCAUGUCUUCGUGUCGAUGA